AUGGCCAACCACAGGAGUAUAAAGUCUGAGCCGGGUCGCAAUCGUCGGGAAGCAGCAAAAGCUUCCAAGCCAAUCGCCAUCCCAGCGGCAAUUUACCGUGGCUCCGAAGGAACCGCGACAACUCCAUCUGAGCAGGCAACGAAGCCGUUCACUGUAUCUGACCCGAUUCGCGGAGCGCGUUCUAAUGCGCCGAGCGUAACCACCAGACGGCCACCUAUUUCCGCCGCUGGAGACGCCUCUAUUGACGAGGAUCUCAGUGAGGAUAUGGACGAUGAUCCCAUUUUAAUGGAGGUUCGAGGCAAGCCAACUAAGGCACAUCCCGAUGAAGACCAAAUGUCAGCUUCCCAAGCCAUCUCAACCACACAAGUGUCGUUUGUUGGGCCCAAUCGGGCCCUCAAGGACUUCGGAAAGAAGUUGAAGGACAUAAACGAUGCGCUUGGCGAGCUCCAAGCUCGUGGUAUCCAGCAUGUCGCAAGCCUGCCAGAGUUGGUCCUGGUCGGCGACCAAUCUUCCGGAAAAUCUAGUCUGAUGUCUGCAAUCGCUGGUCUUAGUCUCCCGCGGAGCACUGGGACUUGCACUCGCUGCCCCAUCCAUAUACGAAUCUCACGAGCAGACGCCUGGUCCUGUCGAGUGUUUCUCAAAAGGGACUACGACUUCGUCCCGCGUGGCCAUCUUAUCACAACUCAGGAUGUCACAAAGGCCGACAAAUUUCCUCCUUGGGUUCUACUAGAACCUGUCCAUGCUGAGCGAUAUGAGUUCAAGUCUAUCACGGAUCGGUUUGACUCUGACGAUAUAGAGACGAUCUUACGUUGUGCUCAAGUCGCCAUCUUAAACCCCAGCGAUCCUCACCAGAUGUUCAUCCCAAAGCUCAAGGGUGAGACCUCGGAUAUGCUUCGCGACCAAACUCUUGAGCGAGUUCGAGAGAAGGAGCUCAAUUCGGAAGCCCAGUUUUCUCCCAAUACGGUUGCUCUUGAAGUCAGAGGCCCUGAGCUGGCUGAUCUAAACUUUUACGAUUUGCCGGGGGUAUUUCUUUCGGCCAAGAGGCCUGAAGACAAGUUCCUAGAGCGUGUCGUCCAAAACUUGGCUUGCGAGUACAUAUCGCGCCCUAACGCCAUGAUCCUCUGGGCGGCACCCAUGAAUCAGGAUGCCGAGAACUCGUUUGCGUUUAACCUCAUCCGCGAAAUGAAGGCAGAAGAGCGUUGCAUUGGAGUUAUGACCAAGGCGGAUUUGCUACCGACUGAAGCCUCUGCCAGUUGGAUGUCGAUGUUAAAAGGACAAGCACAUAAAACGGGGUUUGGCUACUUUAUUACAUCAAGGCAGGGAACCGAACUUGAGGAGCAAACCAAGCUCGAGGAAGCCUUCUUCAACCGAACGGCAGACAAUGCGGGCCAGUGGCCAGGAGUUUUUGAGCAGUUCAAGGACCGAUGCGGUGUUGAGAAGCUCAAGGCUUUUCUCUCCUUGAAGCUUGGAGAAGAGUUCUCCAAAGUGCUGCCAGAGGUCAAGGCAAAAGUCAACAACCGCUUGUAUGAUAUCGACCAGCAGUUGAAAGAGUACCCGGACUCGCCGCCGAAUCCUGAGCUAGAGAUAAUGAGAAGUCUCUCGGGUUUCAGUCUGAAGGUAAAGGAUCUGGUCUUGCAACAAGAGUUUUUGAACCUGUGGGACAGCCGUUUUGUGGAGCCAUUCAAAGCCGAAAUUCUGAACAGGAAGCCGAGGUUCAAGGUACAGGAGCCACCUCGAAAGCCUGCUGGAAGCGCAACGUCACCUAUCGACCUUGAUAGCCCAGAAUCCUUGCCAGCCCGUCGGAAGCGCCCCAUCAACGAUCAAACCCCAACUGCAAAACGGCAGCGUCAAGAAAAUGGCGCCAUCGCGAAAUCGGAAUAUCCCGACAACUCCGCCGGUCCUCGUCGUAACAUUUAUCACUCUUCGCCCGGUCUCGGUAGCUCAGCUGCCAAGUCGCUGUGUGAUAUUCGAGACAUGAUUAAGAGGAGCGCUAUCCCGGGCCAACCUGGUCUGGUAUCACCCAGCGUGUAUCAGCCUCUCUAUACGGAGGCUGCGAAAUCGUGGGAUGUUCUUCUGGAUUGGUUCAUUGAGAAUACGGUUGGCUUUAUCAACACCGAAAUCACGAGAAUCUUGGAAGAUGCGUUUUUUCACUUGAAGAACCGAUUAGUGUAUCAGGAGUCGGUCAAGCACAUUAAGGCUUUUAUCGAAGAUUGUAAAACCGACCUUCGGCGAGGAUUGUUUGAGAUUUACAGCCUAGAGACACGGCGUAUCUUCACCAAGGAUGACGUCGUCCUCAGCCAACACAAGGCCAUGGAGAAGAAGAUUCUCACCCGACACCGAUAUUACCACCGCAUAGCUGCGCAUCAUGGCGAGAAGGCUGGGCCCAUCCCUAAGAUGGAUGGCCUUACCGAUGAGGAGCUUGCACAAGAGGCCGUCAAAAUGCAGAGAGACCUGAAGACCAUCGGCCCCGAUGAAUUCGACCAGGAGCUGACCGUCGCCGCGUACGUGCGUGGCUACUACCUGACCGCCGCGCAUCGAUUCAUUGACAACGUCUCAAUCCGCGUCAUGUCGGGACUACUGCCAAAUAUCGCCUCUGUAAUUGACAACUACUUGUACGAAAAACUUGAGCUGGGCGGGCGCAAUGCGAAUUCGGGCAUUCUCGAGCGGCUCAUGAGCGAGGGUCCAGAAAUCGCCGGAAAACGCCUCGACUUCCAGAACGAGCGGAAGCGUUUAGAGGAAGCCAUGGAGAUUAUAGUCAAUCUGGAGAGCAAAGAGGGCUCUUCUGCUGGGCUUGGUGAGUCUACCCAGAACCAUCAUUCCGGAAUACGUGUUCAGCACUCGCGCGAUGCGGCAUCGAACGGCAGCACCUACUCGGCCACCCAGUACGGAGAAGCUUAG